UAGAAAUCUUGAGAUGAGUUGAUGAUCUACACUGUAGUACUUGAGUGGCCAAGUGUCUACACACAACACACGAGUUGUCAACAGCAGACUCCCAGAACCGAGCCAGGCGAGCGAUCGGUUCUAUGUCGCUUUCUCAGUGGAGCGCUGCUAUGUCCCUGAGCCCAAAGCAUACUACACCGUUUUCCGUCACAGAUAUACUCUCACCACUGGAUCACGAGAAUUACAAGAAGACAACCAUCGAGGCGGCAAUUCCGCCCCUCACCCCAUACCGUAAUACCCAACACCCCCAGAGCAUGACAGGCAUGGGUGGGAUGGGGGGCAUGAGUGUCCCCGUCACGAACCCCUACCACAACUACGUACCCCCCUUGUCUCACCACACCGGCUCCUUCCCCUCCCAGUACUGCCAAGGGUCGGAUCUGGCUUACGGCGACCCCACAAGACAUUCAACAUCAUCAUGGUACGGUACCAACCCGGAUCCCAGAUUCGCAUUUUCACGGCUGGCGAUGAACAGCUCCUGUGCAAUGUCCUCGAUGCCAAUGUCUGGAGGGAUGGGAACUGGCCUUGGUGGUCUGGACCAGAGCGGGAGGGGGAUGCAGUUUCCUUUGACCCAGAGACGCAAGAGGAGGGUGCUCUUCUCCCAGGCUCAGGUUUAUGAGUUGGAACGGCGCUUUAAGCAGCAGAAAUACCUCUCCGCUCCAGAACGAGAGCAUCUGUCUAGCAUGAUCAACCUAACCCCGACACAGGUUAAAAUAUGGUUCCAGAACCACCGCUACAAGUGUAAACGUCAACAGAAGGAUAAGGAAAAGAUGGAUCAGACAUCAAAGGAAAGCUCAAGCAGUGACAGCAAUCAGAACAAUGCCAGAUCGUCGUCGUCAUCGUCGUCAAACUCCCAGUCAGCUCAGGCAAACAACAACAAUAACGGUGGCAGCCAAACUUCUCAGUCAAACUCUAACAAUCCCUCCCCACGGCGGGUGGCCGUUCCGGUGCUUGUGAAGGAUGGGAAACCGUGUGCUAGUUCUGGGAGCAACGACGGAGGAGGAGGAGGUGGUGGUGGCCAACAUCAGCAGCAGCAGAGUCAAGGAGGGUCCAGUCACCCGACUGUGUCUCCUUCUCUACAGCACCAGACCUCUCUCCAUUCCUCUUGUGCUGUUUCCACUGCCAAGAACCUAUCUCACUCAAACACUCUUGGGUCUCCGACCUUAGCCGAGAUCUCCGGGUCCCUGUCACACUCUGGGGCGACCUCUCAGUCGAGCCACUCUGUGCUGCACCACGGCUUGGGUGGUUACAACUCCCCCGGCAUCAACUCCAACGCCCUCUCCUCUUCCCCGUAUCUGGUAAAUGGAAGAACUUGGUAACUGGAUAUAUUUCUUCCUUCUUAUGGACAUAAACACCAGGUGUUAUGUGAACUAUUCUUGUAUACUGUUGUGUCUCGUAUGUCAUAAACACCCCUCCCCUUCCACCCCCUUACUCACACAAAUACUCCUGUUGUUAAAUAUGCUCGUAAAAUUCCCAAUCUACCUAGCACCGGGUUUAUUUCUCCAAAGCAAAUUUGCUGCCGUUUAAUGGUCGUCAUAUCAAACUGUGACCAAAGCUGCAUCGCCGAAUGAAGGUUUUUAUAAUGGUGAGCGUGUUUGCCAAGUGCCAAUAUCCAUAUCAUAUAAACGUACAAGGCAAUAUUCCAAGGACCAAUCAAAUAGAUAUGAUAUUUAUAAAACAAUCUUUUAUUUCUUUUCUCGAACAAUAUAUCGGUACUCCAUUUGAAGAAAUUCCAGUAAUAUAGUGUCCUUCUCAGCAAUAAGGUCUUCAAUUGAAAACCUUCUUAUUAAAUUCUUUCUUUUUCAAACACUUAUUUCAAUAUCAUCAGAUCAGCAUGCAAGGAAUAUAUAGUUUUUGCAUCGUUUAUGAUCCUCCAUCAAUAUUUCAAGUUCAAAUGUUUUUAAAAUGAAAAAUGAUUAACGGCACAGUACUGUUAUGUUUGAUGGAGCAGUCGGAAUCAAGAUGUUUUGCAUACAUUUCGACCAGUAUAAAAUUAUUCAAUUUAUUUUUUAAUUUAUGGUGAAACUAUGCAUAAGUUAUUUACAUUAUAUCAUGUACUUCAUUCUGAAAAAAAUAAACCGAAUUAGUCAAGUAAAACUUAUUUAUAAUGAUUUGACAAUCCCGAACAUAGUGCCUGUCUAUUGGAGAUGGAUAAACGGAAUACAAUAUACACUUAAUUUGAGUGGACCAAACCACGGCCAACGUAUACAUUGUUCACGAUACUUGAUGAGCUGGGUAGCUUAAUCGAGCAGUUAUUCGACACAGAAUGAAUUUCAUUGUUGCGUGUGUCACAUGAAUAUGAGGGAAAACAGUGUUUAUCGAUCGGAAUAUACAGCACAAUGUGACUACAUUGAAAACGAGAGGGGUGGCAUUACUUGGUUUACUUUGAUAGGAGAAGAAUUGAUUAAAACACUUGAUUCCUUGGUGGGAAGGGCGGGAACGAACAAUUCUAUUUUGUCCUGAUAGACAUAAUCUGGACAGAAGCACUAGAAGAUUCAGAAGUGUGUUUAGUCCGUUUUAAAGUGGUUAACAUAUAUAUGUAAUAAAUAGUUCACUUUCUAAGAUAAUGAUCAUAUUUUACAUUUGAUUUUCAUAGUAACAUGCAUUAGACCCAUGCGUCAUGGCUGCUAGUGUUAUAAGUGUAUUCUGUCCCCAUUUUGUGAAAUGUUGUUUUCUGUUAAAUUUAGUGAUUUUAAAACAAUGAAUACGCAAUUUUAUCACAACAAGGUGUCAAUAUGCAGUAAACCCUUUUGUUUAUUGUGUUAGUUUUGUUAAAGUACUGGCUGUCUUGAUAUCAGGAUAACGUAAUAUUGAUAAUGGAUCAAUGUGUGACGUCAUUUGCUUACCUGGCACCAGGUGUCUGCACGUGCUAUGACACCUAUUUGAACAUUGUAUCCAUUUUAUGUGUUCCUCUUUUGUAAAAUAAUUUGAAUACAUCCUGAUCAUUUGCUGUUAUAUUAUUUGUUUAGGAACAAUGUAUUGUGAAGAUUGUCUCUGAAAGUGCAAUCAAUCGAUGUAAUAAUGACAUGCACAUUGCAGCAAAUUUGCUUUAAACGGAAUCAGGUGCUAGAACAUAUUGUUCAUGUCAUAAAUGAACAACGACCUGUCAUUCACCCGUGUAAGUUAUUAAUGUAGAUUUCAUUACAUUACCUUGACAACGUGUUUACUACGUUUGUUCAGAAAUUGUAUAUGGACAAUUCUUGCACCCUAUCCUUCAAGCGGCCAUGUUUGCAGGCGCUAGUUGAACUAGAACAGUUUUACAGCCCCUCCCCCCUUCUCAACCCACUAUAAACCGGGAUCCUGGUGUCAUUAAAUUGAGGCGGACAUGGGGGUUUAUUUACCCACGUUGUGUCCAAUACUUGCAAUAAGGCGUCUUGUCGGACCAGCGCAGGUUUUCGAUCUAUUGCGGAACAAUGUCCUUCGAUGUGUAGAUUUCAUAUUUUGUUCACCACUUAAGGCCUCUAGGCCCGUGGUUAACGUUAUUCAGAAAUAAAUUUUUCUUAUGUGGAA